AGCGUCGGCCGAACAAUUCGCGCAAGCUGUGUUUGUGUCGACCGACGUCGCUUUUGUUGACUUAGUAAACAUUGCUCGUUGUCCUGAAGUAUAUAAAAGAAAGGAAUUUCAACGACACGUACUCUAAUAGUGUUAUUCUUCCACUAUUGUUUGAUGAUCAAAUCGUUGUAGUUUGAAAAGUGAAAGUGACAACGAUUAAGUAUAACCUUGUGCAUCGUCAUCAUUGAUUCGUGGAGACUAUAAAAAGUUACAUUUGCAUAGCGGUUUACGCACGUGAACUUCCCGGAGGUUAACAUCUAAGUAAUGGGUCUGUUAUCAGAAGGAAGCCCCUUGAACUGGGAGGAAACUAAAAAACUUGCCGACCACGUGAGAAAACACGGAGUCAUACAGUUUAUCAAUUUGUAUAAAAGACUUAGAGACCGACAGGGCGAUAUCUUAAAAUGGGGCGAUGAGGUAGAAUAUAUAUUGGUAAAAUUCAAUGAUGCGGAAAAAACAGCAAAAGUGUCAUUAAAUGCAGAGAGGUAUCUUGCAAAACUUCAAGAAAAAGAACAUUUAGAUCCAAAAAAUGUCAAGUCUCUUUGGCGUCCGGAAUAUGGUGCUUAUAUGAUUGAAGGCACCCCUGGUAAGCCAUAUGGUGGUUUAAUAGCUCAUUUUAAUGUUGUGGAAGCUAAUAUGCAAUAUAGAAGACAAGAAGCCACUAAGCUGUUGCAACCUGGAGAAGUAUUAAUGUCUUUAACAAAUUUCCCAAGAUUAGGAGCUCCUGAUUUUACUGACCCUCCUGCAGCUCCUAAUCCAAAAUCUGGAGCAUCUAGAAGUUUAUUCUUUCCAGAUGAAGCUAUUUUCUCUGGACAUCCACGUUUCAAAACUUUGACAAGAAAUAUACGGCAUCGCAGAGGAGAAAAAGUUGCUAUUAAUUUACCAAUUUACAAGGAUAAAAAUCUAAAACUGCCUUUCAAAGAAAAUUUAUCUGAAUUAGGAGAUGAUGGUUCAAGUGAAAAAGUAGCUAAGGAAGAUAAUGUUUAUAUGGAUGCUAUGGGCUUUGGAAUGGGCUGUUGUUGUUUACAAUUGACAUUUCAAGCUUGUAAUAUUGAAGAAGCUAGAAUUUUAUAUGACCAGCUCACUCCUCUCUGCCCAGCAAUGUUGGCUCUUACUGCUGCUAGUCCCUUUUAUCGAGGAUACAUAACGGAUGUUGAUUGUCGUUGGAAUGUGAUUGCUAAUUCUGUUGAUGAUCGAACUGAAGAAGAGCGCGGAUUAAGACCUUUGAAGGAAAACAAAUUCAAAAUCAACAAAUCUAGAUAUGAUUCCAUUGAUUCUUAUUUAAGCGAUCAAGGAGCACGUUAUAACGAUGUGCCACUUAUCUAUGAUGAAGAAAUCUACAAUCAAUUAAUGGACAAUGGGAUAGAUAAACUAUUAGCACAGCAUAUUGCUCACUUAUUUAUCAGAGAUACAGUUUCUCUAUUUUCAGAAAAAGUUCACCAGAAUAAUGAAGAAGAUACUGAUCACUUUGAGAAUAUACAGUCUACUAAUUGGCAAACUAUGCGAUUUAAACCACCUCCAUCAAACUCUUCAAUUGGAUGGAGAGUCGAAUUUCGACCUUGUGAAGUACAAAUCACUGAUUUUGAAAACGCAGCUAUUGUAUGUUUUGUAGUACUUUUGACUCGAGUAAUUUUGAGUUACAAGUUGAACCUUUUAAUUCCAAUUAGUAAAGUAGACGAAAAUAUGGCAAGAGCACAAAGAAGAGAUGCAGUUAAGUCUGAAAAGUUUUGGUUCAGACGAGACAUCACGAGUAACGCGCAACAAGAUAAUAUUGAAGAUGAAUAUACAGAAUAUACCAUUGAUGAAAUAGUAAAUGGAAAGGAAGGUACUUUUCCUGGAUUAAUUCCUCUUGUCAAUUCUUAUCUUUCAAGUAUGGAUGCCGAUGCUGAUACUCAUUGUACAAUACAAAGAUAUCUGAAAUUAAUUCAAAGAAGAGCAUCGGGUGAACUUUUGACUACAGCUGGGUGGUUGAGAAAAGAAGUACUUAAUCACCCAGAUUACAAAAAAGACUCAAGAAUAUCGCAACGAAUCAAUUAUGAUUUGCUAAAAAAAAUUUAUGAUAUAGAGACAAAUAAAAUAUCGUGUCCUGAAUUACAUGGACGUUGCACUAUUUCCAAAACUUCAGAAAAAGUUCCACUUGCAAUGGCAAAAGCCGAAAAUUGUCCAGUUCCAGAUUGAGAAAUAUGAUUGAACAUUAUAGUACCGGAAAAUGUAUUAUUAUAUUUUUAAAGUAAUUUUAUUGCAUGUUUUUUUCUUACAAAUGUAACAUAUAAAAAUACUAAAGUAGACUUUGAAAUGAAAUACGUUUUGAAAGAGCUGAGAAAUUUUUAUAAAUGUACUGAAUACCAUUGGCUUGUAAAAAGUCUUGUACAAUUGUUGAUAUUCAAUCUGUUAAAUAAAUAAGUUUGUUAUUAGUGUUUUUUUAAAAGUUUACAAAAAUAAAAUACAAAUUUUUUAU